ACAGGCCCCACCCAUGAGACCCAGGGCUGGGCCAGAACCCACCAAUAGAGGGCUGAGCUGGGGACGGAGGAGGGGGAGGGCCUGGACAGGCUGGAACUGACUGAUGCUUCUCGAUGCCAGCAUCAGCAGGGCUCCACGUGAGGAUAUAUGACCUGGGGAGAAGGGAGGAGGGAGCUGGGCCAAUGGGCAGCUUGGCAGGAUGCCCAGGUUUCUCCUACACAGCAAGGGGUCAGACACUCCCCUCCCAACUCCCACCCAGCCAGGCUGACACAGCCUAUUGCCCAUUCCAGAAUCUCCCCUCGCCUCACCCAGGCGCUUUGUCUCUGUUAGUCAUGCGGGCACUCGGUCCCCAGGGCAGGAGAAUGCUUAUAAAGGCCAAGGGAGCCAGUCCCCCUUUCUCCUACUGAGAACUCUCCUCAUGCAGCCGAGGGCCAUCCCCAUCGCCCAAGCCUUGCCCUUCUCCCUCAGCCAGGCCCUUCAUGAUGCUGGGCUCCGACUGCCUCUCACCAAGAUGGGCACAAGCUGGGGAGUACUCCAGCGAUUCCUGAAGGAGGCGGCUUAUAUCCUUCUCUGCUGCUGGUGUAUUAAGGAGCUGCUAGACUAGCCCAGUGCCUCCUUCAUCUCCAAGAUUCCUUGUGUCCUUUGUGCUUACCUGAGGGUACCAAUAAAUGCGUGACGUUCAGUGCCUGC